UUAGAAAAAAAUCUGGUAGUGUUUAUCUCCAUGUGGCAAAAUUAUAGAUAAUUAAAUUCUUUUGUAUUGCUUAUCUGUAUUUUCUGAUUUUUCGUUACAAUGAAGUAAAAAAUAGCAAGGAUGAGUUGGGGAAACCACGGUGGCUGAGUGUGUGUGAGGGCGGAACCGCGGUCCCUGUUCUCUCGGGAACCCCCCUCGGGCUCUCUCCUGGGGCCCCUGCAGGGCCUGGGGCGAAGGCUGCCGUCCUUGUCCCUCUCCCAGCCCACGCAGGGCCAAAGGUGAGGUUGCAGGUGGCCUCCUCCCGCUCCCUCCUCUCCAGGUCCAGGCCAGGCAGGAGCGGCUGGGCCGCAGCGCUCUGGGGUGGGGGCGGGCAGCCCCCGGCUCUCACUGAGCCCUGGCAGUGCUGGGCCGGCCGUGGGCCUCCUGGCGCCACCGGUGACUCAGCCUGGCACAGACACAAUGGCCUGGGUGGGCGCACCGCCGGCUUCCCGUGGCCCCAGGCCCUCAGACCCAUUCCGGGAAGAGCCAGAGUGGGGCUCACGGGUGCCCGCCUGAUGUCACAGGGUCUUGGGAUAAAAGUGCACAUACACACACACACACACACACACACACACACACACACACCCACCCACCCACCCCCUGGGCGGCCCUGGCCUGUGGUGCCUGAUUGUGGUGAACAAGGCCCCGUUCAGCAGUCCGGGGCAGAGCCGGGGGAGGCAGAGUGUGUGUAUGUGUGUGGCGUCUGUCUGUGUGCUGUAUACACGUGUGUACAUGUGCGUGCGUCUCUGCUCAGACGCUGAGGGGCACAGGUGGCUGAGGUGCUGGUUGGGCCCUGAGAUCAUGGGGGUGGCAGAGCCCCCUGCACCCCCUGACCUCCUGCUCCCCUUGGAUGGAGCAGCAGCUCCAGUUCCCAGAAACAGACUCCAGCCCAAUGUCAGAACCAAGGGGAGUAGGAAGGCAGCCAGGGAAACCACACCACGGGACAGGUCCCCCGGCACUGCCAGGUCACUGGGAGCCGCCUUGUGGGCUGUCAGGGCCAGGCUUUGGGGGUGCAGAGAGGACCUGGUUCACCCCCACCCCAGCGGUCCAGGCUCAGCACGGAGCCCCACGGAAGGCAGAGAGAGCAGGAAAGGGGGGCGGGCACGGUCUGGGGCUCAGCAGGAAGCCAGGAAUGUGUGUGUCCCUCACCAGACUCUGCCUCUGUGAGCGCUGAGGGGUGCCAAGUCAGACGACCCCUGGGUUUUGCCAUCUACAGAGGGGAGCCAGCCGCAGUGGCACACACCCAUAAUCCUAGCUACUCAAGAGGCUGAGGCAGGAGGAUUGCAAAUGUGAGUCCAGUCUGGGCAACUUAUUGAGAUCUUGCCUCAAAAUAAAGAUUUAAAAAGGGGUAGGAGCCAGGCGUAGUAGCGUACAUCUGUAAUCCCAGCACUUGAGAGGCUGAGGCAGGAGAAUCACCAGGGAUUCAAGGCCAGCCUGGGCUUCAUGGUGAGUUCAAGACUACCCUAAACUACACAGCGAGACCCUAUCUCAAAAAAAAGAGGGGGUGGGUAAGUAGAGACACAACCCAGAGAUAGAGCACCCUUGGGUUCAAUUCCCAGUAUAGCAAAACAAAAUGAGGCAAGUCAGAGGUCACUGGGCCCGCUAGGGCCCAGUCUCUUGGAGAGAGUCUUCCUGCUGUGUGGUCCGGCCCAGCCCCAGCUCCCUGCCCCCUGCCAGGCCAGGGUUUGUGUUCGGGAAGCUCUGCCCCCGGGGACAGCAGCCCCAUGGGCCUGGCCCGGACCCAGCCCCACCCCCUCAGGCCAUGCCAGGGGCGUUGCUGGGCAGCCUGGGCAUGGCCAGCCUGGCCUGGCCUCCAUAAAGCCCUGGAAGCUUGGGGCCCGCGAGCCGGCGGGAUGGAACGCAGACGCGUGUCCUCUGCCCGCCGCUCCUAUGUCUCCUCAGAGACCCUGGUUGGGCGCCUGGGGGCCACGCGCCGCCUGGGUCCCAGCCCCCACCCAGCCGUGGCCUGGGUUCCUCCUCCAGUCCCUGCCCGGGUGGACUUCUCGCUGGCCGGGGCUCUCAACGCUGGCUUCAAGGAGACACGGGCCAGCGAGCGGGCCCAGAUGAUGGAGCUCAACGACCGCUUCGCCAGCUACAUCGAGAAGGUCCGCUUCCUGGAGCAGCAGAACAAGGCGCUGGCCGCGGAGCUGAACCAGCUGCGGGCUGCAGAGCCCACCCGGCUGGCCGAUGUCUACCAGGCCGAGCUGCGGGAGCUGCGGCUGCGGCUGGACCAGCUCACGGCUGGUAGCGCUCGGCUGGAGGUGGAGCGCGACAACCUGACCCAGGACCUGGGCACCCUGCAGCAGAAGCUCCAGGAUGAAGCCACCCUGCGGCUGGAGGCGGAAAACAGCCUGGCCAGCUACAGACAGGAGGCCGACGAUGCCACGCUGGCCCGACUCGACCUGGAGAGGAAGAUCGAGUCUCUGGAGGAAGAGAUCCGGUUCCUGAGGAAGAUCCAUGAGGAGGAGGUGCGGGAGCUCCAGGAGCAGCUGGCCAGGCAGCAGGUCCAUGUGGAGGUGGACGUGGCCAAGCCUGACCUCACGGCAGCCCUGAGGGAGGUCCGUGCACAGUAUGAGGCCGCGGCCUCUAGCAACAUGCAGGAGGCAGAGGAGUGGUACCGCGCCAAGUUCACCGACCUCACAGACGCGGCUGCCCGCAAUGCCGAGCUGUUGCGCCAGGCCAAGCACGAGGCCAACGACUACCGCCGCCAGCUGCAGGCCCUGACCUGCGACCUGGAGUCCCUGCGGGGCACGAACGAGUCCCUAGAGCGUCAGAUGCGGGAGCAGGAGGAGCGCCAUGCUCGAGAGGCAUCCGGCUACCAGGAGGCGCUGGGCCGGCUGGAGGAGGAGAGCCGGAGCCUCAAGGAGGAGAUGGCCCGGCACCUGCAGGAGUACCAGGAGCUGCUCAGCGUCAAGCUGGCCCUGGACAUCGAGAUCGCCACCUACCGGAAGCUGCUGGAGGGCGAGGAGAGCCGAAUCACCAUUCCUGUGCAGACCUUCUCCAACCUGCAGAUCCGAGGAGGCAAAGGCACCACAGAAGGGGAGGUGCACAAGGUCACCAGACACCUCAAAAGGCUCACCAUGCACGUUAUCCCAGUGCAGGGCCUGCCGAGCGUAGACACAGCCCCUGGUUCUCGGUUAGCGCCCUGGCAGCCGGGCGGGAGUGGGCCUUGCAGCCAUCCUCCUGGUCCCCGUCCUCUCCUCCUGGGUGUCCCCUAGACACGCCCCUAGAGUUGUGCUUCCCAGGGGCCUCGGUGACCAGCCAGGAACUGCCCAGGGCCGGCUGUAGGGUCCCCUCGCAGGGCGGGUGGCUGUCAAAAGUGACCACCUGGCUGCCCAGGCGAGGGCUCAGGGCCACAAGCAAGCACCAGCCCGGCCCCUCCUGUCUCAGGGAUGCCGGGGUCACCCUGGCCGGCUGCACUGCUCUGCCUACUGACCCGUCUGAGCCCGAGGCCCAGCCCGGCACUGCCUCAGCCCGGUGGGGUGCUUUGCUCUGGUGCUGCUCUUGC